AUGCCUGGGCCGUACCCGGAUAGUAUUUGGUUGCUCACAGCGCAGGCCCCGACACGCUUUCAUACCGACCGGCGAUCCCGAUCGCCUCUUUGGCGCUCGGUUGCAACGGCACUCCAGGCCCCUACAGCAAACUUCUCUUUCCUUCCGGCCGCCCCUGCUAUUCGUGAUCAUGCACAGCAGGGCAUGUCAACCACGCAGGUCUUUAUUGCGGCGCACCAUGAGCAGGUGCCGUACAUACUGGAUUUGAGAAGGGUGCUCUUGGACAUCGUUUGGGCGACAGCCCCUCGCGGCCUCGUCGAGGUUCAACCCAUUUGUGCUAGACAACAGCGUCGCUGCCCUCCGGGCUUUUCCAUUCGUCUAUUUGGGGGAGCGGCGGCCGUCGGCGGAGCCAAUCACUCCAGGCAGGUCUUGGCCACGGUUUUUCAUUUAGGCCAGAUGACCAAGGCCACGACCACGGCCCGGAUGAAGAAGGCGGUCAGUGGCAUGCCUGGCCAAUUGGAUGUAGUUGCCCCAAAAGCCGACCUUCCGGACGCCCGGUUUGCGCCAGACACUUCUUCUCCUGGGCCUCAGGUUGUUGGUGUCCCGGCUCCACGCCAGCCCGUUGUUCUUGAGAGCUUGCUUCCGGUCAGCGAGUUCCAGGCUUCCUGUCUUUCGCUGCAAGCUCUUUUCUCCUUCCCCGACAAAGACGCGGAAGAUUGGCUGGACAAUGAUAUGAGUCUUCUCACAGAAGACUCCCAUGUUCCGCUUGAAUGGAGAACCAAGUUUGUCAAUGUGUGCAAGUGGCAUGAUUAUGGCGAACCACAGCCGUGGGCCAUUCAUGUGUUCACAGAUGGGUCCGCGUCCAGCGGGCGUCAUGACAUCUCGCCUUGCUCGUGGGCUUUCUCGGUCUGGUUUGAUACAGAGUGGGGUCGCCUACUGUAUGGCUUUGCGUCGGAAACCUCUGCCAUUUGUGAUUCACCCUUCUUCUUAGGAGAGUGUGAAGAGACGGCGUUGGUGGGGGAACAGCUCGCCCUUGCGUGGGGACUUGCAUGGACCAUUGAGUUUGCGCCCAGAUUUCAGGUGGAAGUCUUUUUUCACUACGAUGCCCAGAGUGCCGGCAAAGGUGCCUUUGGCGAAUGGGGCCCUCCGUGCCGUGCUGCCAUCGUCACAGGUAUGCCUGACAUUGCUACUGUCCUUGUCCACCUAAGACAUAUCGCGGCCCAGCUCUGCCCACUGUGGCACGAUUACGUUGCCGCCCAUGCUGGGCACAUCGAAAACGAGUUGUCUGACCAGCUGGCCAAGCAGGCACGGCGUGGUCCUCGCAACUACUAUGACAGGGUUGCACCUACUUGGCCCGCACAACUUGCCAAACAUCGUCUUCUUCCUUGGGCAUGGAUGCUCUUUGAUAGCUAUUUCGAUCUUCCCACACUUUUUGCCAUGGAAUCGGAGGCUGGACGACUCCAGCAGACCGAUGACCGUCCCAGUCAGGCCCCUUCUCCAGGUGUUGUCUCAAAAGAAUCUGGCAGUUGCACAGUUGUAAUGGACUUCAAGGCAGUCUCCUACAAUGUGUUGACUCUUCGCGAUUCCAAGACACAUGGAGACGGGCCUCUGCCCGCGGCUGGCAUGCGCAUCACAGGCAAGAAGGAGCUUCUCAAG